AUGGAAGUAUCAUAUUCAAAUUCAAAUGUUUCUGGGUAUUCUUAUGAUCUACCGACAUUAGAUGUCAAAUUACCAUUAAAAUAUCAAUCAACUUCACCAUCAACUUCAUCAUCAAUAAUAAUAAAUUCAGAUCCUAAUGAAUAUUUUCAUCAACAAUCAUCUACAUCUGGUCAAUUUUUAACUUUAAAUUCAAAUCCAUUUGUAUCAUUGAUUCUGAGUUCAAUUUUUAACGAUUUAAAAACCAUCUUGAUUACACCUAUUGAUUUCAAACAAAAUAGUUUACGAGUUAAAUUACAAAAUAUAAAAAUUCAUUUACCCAAUCCUAUUUCAUCAAUUAAUUGUAUAAGUAUAAUUCAAAAAGAUCAAAAUAUAUAUAUAAAUUUAAUUGAUUCAAAAUAUUUAUUUAUUACUUUACAAUUAUCAAUUGAAACUUUCAUUGAAGGUAGAAAUUUAAAUUUAUCUGAUUUCGAAAAAUGGGGUCAUAUAUCUGUACCUUAUUCUUUUGAAAUGAGAUCACAACCAUAUAUUUUAAAAUCAAUUGAUGAUUUAAGUCUUAUUGUUUCGUUGGAAGAUGGUGGAUUACUUAAUUUUUAUAGGCAUGAACCAUUAUCAGAUAUAAAGAUUAGAAACUUUAAUGAACCUGUUUCAAUUUUUAGUGGAUUUUUUGCUGGCGAUAAAAGAACUGAUUUAAAUGGAAUAUCUUCAAAUUCAAUUGUUGAUGUUUUGAAAAUAGAUCAAUUACUUAUAACUUUGACUGUAAGUAAAGAAUUAAAAAUAUGGAAUACAGAAACUAGUCAAUUUUUAUCUAAAAUAUCAUUAUUUGAUAAAAAAUCAAGAGACGUUUGGUUAACUACUAUACCUACAAAAUAUUUAAAAUUGAUAAGUUUGAAUGGUGAACAUUAUAUUACUGUCUUGAUAACAACUGAAGGUGGAGAAUCAAAGAAAAGUAGAUUUGCUUUUAAAACUUUUAAAUUAGAUGGUACCACUUUAAAAGAACAAGGUCAAUUUUAUAUACAACCUGAAUUACCUAAUACAUUGUUAUCAACAUCAGAUGUUUACUUUCAUGACUCAACUUUUCAAAACACAAUUUGGUUCAUACAGGAUUAUGAAGUUGAAUAUACAGAAGAUGAAAAAUUAAAUUAUCACAUACUAUGGAAGUCAAAUACAACUUCGAUUUUAGUUUCAUAUACAAUCAAUUUCGUAAAUGGAUCAAUUUUAGAAAUUCAAAUAUCGUCUCCAACUCCACAAGAUGAUAAAGAAUUAUCAGCAUUUCAUGAAUCAGAUUAUUAUGAACGUGAAAUUUUUGAUUCUGGAUUUUUCAAUGAUUUAAUAGUUACAACUUCGAUUUCAAUAUUAAGUCAGCAUUUAAAAGUUGAAAUACCUAAAAUUGAUACAAAUUUAAAAACAACAGCCAAUAAUUUAAUUAAUUCCAAUUCAGAAACAGAUAGUAAAUAUCUUUGGUUUAAAUUAUAUUCAUUAUGUAAAGAAUUUAAAAAAUUAAGUAAUGAAGUUUUAGCUAUUACAAUAUUUGGUAAAAAGUAUAUUACAUUAAAUUCAAAUGGAUUUGGUGUUUUUAGACAUUCUCAUUAUUUUGAAUCUUUUGUUUAUAAAAAUUUAUCAAGUCCAGAUGGAGAAUUAAUUAAAAUAUUUGAUAAAUUCAGUGCUACAUUAUCUUCGAAAUCAUAUCAUAAAUUAUACAACACUAUACUUUCAUUUCAAAAAGAAUUAAAUUCUGAUUAUGUUAAUGAUCUUUUUAAAACAUUUAUUGAUAAUAAAUUAAGUAAUGAAGAAAUUAAUUUAAUUUUAAUUGAUUUAAGUAAGAUUCCAAAUGUUUUAGAAAUUAUUCAAUCAUUAGUUACAAUUGGAGAUUAUCAAUUAAUUAAUGAACUUGAAUCAUAUCAUCAAUUAGGUAAAUUUUUUCAAUAUUCUACUUUUAUUACAUUUAAAAAUAUUAUUCAACAACAUACAACAAUUUUAUUAAAUUUAAUUAUAUUAUUUUUAAUUUGUGAAGUUAAUGAUGAAAUUUUGAAAUUAUUAAAUAAUGUUGUUAAUAUAAUUCAAAAAUAUGAUAUUUUUAGAUUUAUAUUGAAUACAAAUUUCACAACAGAUUCAAAUAAUAAUAAAAUUAAAGGUUUAAGUGAUAUAAAUAAUUCAUUAUUUUGGUCAGCAAUAGUUGAUAAAAAUAUAAAUUUAAAACAAUUAAUUAAUACUUCACAAACAAAUGAUGCUUUUGAUUGUUUAUAUAAUGAUAUUUUAUCAAAAGAUAAUUUUAUAAUUGAUUCAGUAGUACAAUUGAUAAAUCAAGGUGAAGGAAUAUAUUUGAAAAAAUAUUUUGUUGACAAAUUAUCUAAAACAAAUGUUGAAGAAUUAUUUUUAAUUGGUAUUAUAUCAUUACUUAACAAAGAACCACAAACAUUUUUCAACAUAUUUUUAGAUUUUGAAAAAUUUGAAAAUAUAAAUAUAAAAUUAAUUUAUGAUUUAAAAAAAAAUGAAAAUUUAAGACCUUUAUUAAUUAUAUUAUCUGAUUAUCCAACUAAAUCAGAUUAUUAUCAUGAAUUAUCUAAAAUUUUAUUAACUCAAUUAUCAAAUAAAAAUUCAAUUAGUUUAAAUAACCAGCUUAUUGAAAUUUCAUUAAAAUUUGAAAAAUUAGCUAUUGAAAAUACAGAAGAUGAUGAAAAAAAACAAGAAUAUAAUUUAAAUAUUUUCCAAAAUUCUUUAAAUAUAUCAGAUUAUGAAUUGGUAAAAGAAUCAUUAAAUAACCUACAAAAUUAUUCACAUAUAAAAAAUUUAUUUAAACAAUUUAUAACAAAAUUAAUUCAUGAACAUAAAUAUAAAAUUUUAUUUCCACUCGAAAAUUCAAAUAAUAAAUUAUUUUUAAAAAAUUUUAAACUUAUUGAUUCUAUAUUAAAUCAAAUUGCAAAUGAUUCAUCAUUAAAUCAAUCUUUAAAAAUUUAUGAAAUUUUAUUUUCUUGGAGAAAUUUUGGUAACUCAGCUAGUGUUAAAGAAUUUGAAUUGGGAGAGGGAGAUAAAAGAGGAUCAUGUGAAGCUUUAUAUCAAUUUAUAUGGAGAUAUAAAAAUGAAUUUCAAUUUAAACUUCAAUUUGAAAAUCAAUUUAAUGAUCAAGACCAAAGUAAUGAUAAAUUGAAAUUAAAAAUUUUAGAACUUUAUAUUAUAAUUUUAAAUGUUUUAAAAACUUUUAAUAAUAAAACUGAUCAAUGGAUUUUAGUUCAAAAAAAUGAAUCAAGAGAAAUUAUUAAUAUAAAUAAUUUACAAACUGAAUAUUUUGAAUGGUUAAAAGAAAUAGAUUAA